UGUACCACCAGCAUCGUCUCUCUAAGCUAGUAUAGUGUCCUCCCUUGCCUCGAGCCUUUCCUUCCACAUCUUCUAGCUGAAAUGGAAGGCUCCUACAGUUCAGCCCUGCCGAUCGAGGCCGACGUGAUGGCGCAGUUCUUCGAAGCUGGAGCUCACAGCCACCACUGCUUCGCCUACGAGCAGCAGGACGAGUCCAUGGACGCAAUGGCGGCCAUGUUCUUGCCUGGCCUCGACACCGAAUCGAACUCCUCCUCCAGCUGCCUGAACCAUGACAUGUCUGCACAAUGCUGGCCUCAGCCACAGCCAGGCAAUAGUUCCAGUGUCACUAGUUUCCUUGAUCCUGCUCACGGCUACGAGAGCUUUGAGUUUCCGGUGAUGGACCCGUUCCCGCAUGCUGACUUCGCCAUCCCAUUCCUUGGUGAGGAUCUGAGCCAUCUACAUGGCAACCAUUCGCUAGUCGGAGAGGAGGAGACAACAAAUGAUCAUACACCGGUGACUAACAAGAGGAAGUCCAGAGCAACCACCACGGUAUCCAAGAAGGCCAAGAAGGCGGGCAAAAGGGAUUCCGCUGGCAACAACGAAGACGCCUAUGUUGUCGACCCACAAAGCUCGAGCAGCUGCACAUCAGAGGAUGGGGAUUUGGAUGGCAAUACCAAGUCGAGCUUGAAGAAGGCGGGAACCAGAGCCAGCCGUGGGGAGGCUACUGAUCCUCAGAGCCUCUAUGCAAGGAAAAGGAGAGAGAGGAUCAAUGAAAGACUGAAAACCCUGCAAAACUUGGUUCCCAAUGGAACAAAGGUUGACAUCAGUACAAUGCUGGAGGAAGCUGUGCAGUAUGUCAAGUUCAUGCAGCUUCAGAUUAAGUUGUUGAGCUCCGACGACAUGUGGAUGUACGCACCUCUCGCAUACAAUGGGAUGAACGUCAGCAGUCUUGAUCUGCACAUCUCUGCUCUGCAAAAAUAAAUAUAACUCCGGAGAUGAGGCACUAACACUGAACUGCACAGGGAUUAAUUGAUUCUGGUUCUUACUAUAUUCCAAGUACCAUACGUGUAAUGUAACUAUACUUCGUUUUUCUUCUCGAUCAUUUAACUAUAUGUUCUAUUUGAUACUUUUCUUAGCAUUUCUUGAGAGUUAUACAAAGAAGUAAUCAUGAUCAUGUAAAUGAUCGAAGGUCAGAGUGAUAUGAUUGACUUCACCUCUUAGAUCAUUCUUUGUCAUGUCUCAUGGUUAUGAUAUGUAACUCUAUAUCUUAUUAACAUGAUAUGUCAAUGAAA